AAUCAAGAAGUAGUUGUUUCACGCUUUUAAAUUUUGAGACACUUACAUGUUGUGAAGUUUGAACCCCUGUAUAACUCAUCAAAAUGUUAUAACUCAUCGAAAUGUUAUAACUAAGACCUUUUAAAAGGAACAAUUCUUUUAGAAAUUAGUAUGUUGAAAAAUUUUAAUCCUAACAUCCAUGCUGAAAUUUUACAAUGAUUCAGCGAAACAUACUGUUAGUUGCUUCAGGGAAAUUUACUAACUUUUCCAGUCGUAUGUACUGUAAUGUGAUAUGUUGUAAUUUGUUAAAUAUGAUUACACGGUUUUAAUAUCUGAUUAAGUUAAAAAAAGGUAUCAAACCAUGUGUAUGGAUUUAAUCAGUUUAUACUUUGAUGACCAUGAUUAAUAUCUGAUUUAGUUUAAAAGGUACCUAAUUUAAGUUCCUAAUGGAACCAAAUAAGGAAACAAUAGGAAAAACUACCCAUAUAUGUUUUGUAUUGAGUACAAACCUUUCCAGCUGAAGUCCUAUUAUGGUAAAUUAGAUUUAGCACAUUCAAAAGCUUUACUACUUGCUUUUGAAUUAAAUGGACAUAUGAAACUUUAUGUAUGCAGAGAACACUCGGAAUGGAUUUCAUGCAGAAAAUGUCGAAGUUAAUCACAAAUUUGUUUGUUGUAAGUCUACUUAUUAUCAUUAUUCACACCCCCAAGGAGUGGAUUGAACCUCAAUAGACAGAUAAAAGUGACCAAAAAAGAAACAAAAAAUGCAAGAGCAGGAGCCGUGGCUUUUCAGAACUAAUGCUUGUUGGAUUGUUCUGAACUUCCUCCACCCGGCUUCUUGUCCGUAUAUGGAUGGGGGCCUUCUUGUAAGAAUCUGAGCAUAAAUCUAGUCAUUAUGGAAAUAGAAGGGAUGUUGCUUAUGAAUACUUCUUCCAUUAGUUAGAGGAAUGAAGAGGCAAAGCAAGAAUAACAAACUGAAUUUAGCAAUUCAGAGUUGAGGAAGUCAAAUAGCAUUGUAGUAUGGACUUUUUUUUACUGUUUCAUGAGAGUAAGGAUGUUUAUAAUAAAACAUCAAGGGGAUCAUUUUCUAAGUUGCAUACCAUGGCGUCGAAAUUGCAUUAUGGAAAGAUAUGGAUUUUUUCAUUGAGCACUUGGUAUUUUAUCAGAAAAAUGGCAAGAAAUAGACCACUGUAGAGAGAGCUGCCCUCUCCCAGUCGCUAAUAUUCAACUUCCCUUACACUUUGUGUUUUCUCUACAUGCAAUUAUUGUUCAGUAUCAUUCUAGUCACUAGUUACUUUCAUGGAAAUUAGUACAGAUUUUGCAUUCAAAGGAGUCCAUUAUUUUAUGAACUAAAGGAAGUUGAAUUAUCAACUUUGCAAAGAGUAAGUUUUAGAAUCUCUAGUUUGAUGACAUAAGAGGGAGCAGCCACUUGCAAUUGUUUGUGGACCAAGUCUGUCAGCCUUAGUAGCUGUUGGCUCCUUUUUUUUUAUUUAUGGAGGGAAAGGGCGGCAAGAAAACUAUAACCCAACUUGUUUAUAUAAUGAAUUUUUAGAUACCUAAGAUUAAGUCUAUUCUCUGCGCAUGCAUAUACAUCUCAUGAAAUCCAUGGUUUUUGGUGAAACUAAGUUAAUAUUGCUUCUUAUGCAUCCUUUUUUCAUGAAGUUUUUUCAAAUUUAAUUAUUUGGAGAAUAAUUAACUUAGAUGAAUAUGUUUCUCUUUUAUAUCUCAUCUUUUCAUUCUCAUGGUGAAAAACAUCGCAUUCUAAAUUUAAGAACAAGAAUUGAAAGUGAGAAACAUGAUGUGAUGCAAAUGAGGAACAUGAGCAAAUCCUUUUUUGUAAUGAAACAUAAGUCUAUGUAAUAUGAUGGUCAUUGCUGUGCUUUAUCUGCUUUAUCAAGGAAAAUAUGAGCUUGUGCUUGUCCAAGUCUAAAAUAUGCAGAGCUUGCUGUUUUCCUAAACCUUUUCAAACUUGAGCGUAGACCGUUGUUUGAUGUCUUUGUUUAUUUACUUGGUUACUGAAGAACUGAAAAGAACAAUGGGAACCCUAUGAAGGCAUUUGUCUCUUUGGAGCUUGAUUAAACGGCAAACCUUCUAUUUGUUUUUAAUUUCUGCAAUGCAUGAAGAAAGACGCACUUAAGGAACCAUUCUUUGAUACUGACUUUAAUUUUAUUUUGAUAAUUGAUCUUAAUCUUUCUGAUGAUGAAAGAUCAACCUCUGGUCACUGUAGCCAAAGUUGAUUUUCACAAGUCUGUCUUGCUUGGAAAUGAAAACGAAUAUGAAGUUUCCAGGAAAGUUCACUGAUAAACAAGUUAUUAUUAUUUAUUAUGUUGUUCUUUAAAUUCUCAUUUUUGUUUUGAUCAUUGUUUUUGUUUGGUUCUGGUAGCUGGGCAUGUACUUGUUUGACACUCUUGAUAUUGAAAGUUAUAUAGAAAAGGUUCUUUUAUUUUGCCCCCUAUGGUUUUCCUUAAUGACUUGUAUGUUAUGACUUAAAGAGUUAUAAUUAUGGAUAUAUUUCUCUGAAAAUGUAUGCCAUAAUAAUAUUUAAUACGGUUCUCUGCUUGUUUUCUUCAUUUAAAUUAUUUUCAUCUUCUCAAUGAUCUAAAGAGAGGAUGUGAAAACUAAUUUCUGUAGUUUCCGGGGCAAAAUGUAGAAAACCCAAAGUAGAUGUUGGUUAUUAGACAUGUGGUUGUUGCCUUUGUCUUGAAAGCAGUUUGGCGCCAUGGCUAAGAGCAUCAUCAAGCUCAUGCUUGAGAAGCUGGAAAAAUUGCUCUUUAAAGAAGAGCAGAUUCUUCAAGGAGGAUCCUUCACCAUCUUUGACGAAGUCAAGUAUGAGCUUGAAUCCAUUAGAGCCUCUCUAAGGCAAGCAGAUGCUGGAGAUUUCAAUGAGGAGGCUAGUAAUUGGGUAAAUCAGGUCCGGGAGAUUGUCUUUGAUGUCGAAGAUAUCCUGGAUGACUUGCUUCUUGCCUUUGAUCAUCGGCACUCCACACCUCUUCUCUGUGGUGUAAUUCCCUCUGUUAAGCAUCUCAAAGCUCGCCGGCACAUUGGGGGGCAGAUUAAGGAUAUCCUUGUCAAACUUCGUGGCCUUUUGAUGAGAAGAGACCAAUUGGAUGCCAACUCCAUCGACUAUGAGACCCCAGCCAAUCGUUCCAUAUACAGAUUCCAUGACAGUCCCCUGGCUCCAUUGUUUGCGGAAGAAGUGGAACUUGUUGGCAUUGAUAAGCCUAAAGAUGAACUGGUUUCAUGGUUGAUGGAUGGAGAGUUGAACAUGAAGGUGCUUUCAGUGGUUGGCAUGGGAGGGGUCGGAAAGUCGACUCUAGUCAGGAAGGUUUAUGAUGAUGAAAGGGUUAAAGGAUGGUUCAAGUCUCACGCUUGGGUAACUGUUACACAGUCCUUUUCCAUUGAAGAACUUUUGAGGAACAUCAUAUUUCAAUUGUUUGAAGAGAGGAAGGAGCCUCUCCCUGGCAAGGUAGAUAUCAUGGAAGAGAUACAGCUGAUUGAGAUUCUCCACCGAUAUUUUAGAGACAAGAGGUAUAUUGUUAUCUUUGAUGAUGUUUGGCACUCACAUGCAUGGGAGAGCUUGCGUUUCGCCUUCCCCAACAAUCACUGUGGCAGUAGGAUCUUCAUCACAACAAGGAUUAACCAUGUUGGCAACUCAUUCAUCAGUACAUCACCUGGCCGUACUUAUCCUCUUAAGCCUCUAUCUCCAAAUGAUUCUUGGAUGUUGUUUUGCAAGAAGGUUUUUCAGUCAUGUCCUGGAGGAAUUUGCCCUCCUGAGCUGCAGAGUCUCUCACAGGACAUUGUUAGCAUGUGUGAUGGCUUGCCUUUGGUAAUUGCGGCCAUAGGAGGCCUUCUGUCGAGGAAGGAGAAGAUAGUGACUGAGUGGAAGAACUUGCGAGACAACCUUCACUCAGAAUUGCCCAAGAACCAAGAGCUUGAGCACAUCAUGAAGAUCUUGUUGCUGAGCUACAAUGAUUUACCUCAUUACCUUAAGUCUUGUUUCCUGUACUUCAGUAUGUUCCCUAGAAAUUCCCUGAUCAAGCGCAUCACUCUAAUUAGAUUGUGGAUAGCUGAAGGAUUUGUGCAGACCAAGAAUGAUGGAGUGACACUGGAGAAUCUUGCUUUGGAGUACCUCAAUGAGCUGAUUGAUCGAAGCAUGGUUCAGGUUGCUGAAAUGUAUCCUUAUGGGAGGAUUAGUAGCUGUAGGGUUCAUGAUUUAAUACAAGAGAUCAUCAUUUUAAAAUCUGAGGAGGAGAAUUUCAGUACCAGUCUCAGCAGGCACAACAAGCAAACAGAUACAAAAAUUCGUCGUCUUUCAUUCUUUGGUGCCAGUGAGGAUACCCUCCAAGAUAAGAGCUGCUCCAACCUUCGAGCUCUUUUUGUGUUUGGACCGAAUGCCCUAAAUUCUGCAUCCGUGAUAAGUACCUUCUCUUCUUGCUUUAGAUUUUUGAGGGUUAUGGAUUUAGAAGGCGCGCCAAUUGAUAAAUUUCCUAUUGAUUUUGCGCAUCUACACAAUUUGAGGUAUUUGAGCUUAAGGAAUACGAAGAUCAGUAAGCUUUCUGCAUCACUGGGGAAGCUUAGCAAUCUGCAGACUCUUGAUUUGAAAGGGACUUAUAUAACUGAGCUGCCAAAGAGUAUCCUCAAGCUGAAGAAUCUGCGACAUCUCCUUGCGUAUCUCCGCUACACCGGUCGUCAACUGCCAUUCUAUAGCACCUCCGGUGUCAAGGUCCCUCAAGGAAUAGGGAGUUUGUCACAAUUGCAAAAGCUCACAUAUUUAGAAGCAAAUCAGGACAGUAUUGUGGUUAGAGAGCUUGGAAAUCUGACACAGUUGAAAAGGCUAGGCAUUGUUAAGCUUAGAGCUGAAGAUGGAAGGAAUUUGUGCUCCUCGGUUGAGAAACUCAUUGCACUUAGAUCCUUUUCUGUGACAUCAAUCAGCAAAGAUGAUCUUCUUGAUCUGCACUUCUUGCCUUCUCCACCGCCAAGUCUUCAACGGCUAUAUCUGAGGGGACCAUUGGGCAGGUUACCUCACUGGGUUUCUUCUCUCAAGGAAGUUGUUCGAAUGCGUUUGUUAUGGUCCAACUUGCCAGAGGAUUCACUGAAAGCUCUCCAAAAUUUGCCGAAUUUGGUUGAACUUACACUGAUUCAUGCAUAUGAUGGCAAGCAAUUAUGCUGUGACAGAGGAUUUGAGAAGCUCAAGAGUUUAGAACUAGUGGAGCUGGAUAAUUUGACGUCUGUGAUAGUCGAAGGUUCAAUGCCAAACCUGCAGAACUUGUGUAUUAGGUCGUGUUAUCAGUUGGAGCAGGUGCCUACAGGCAUUGAACAACUCCACAACCUCAAAGAACUCCACUUGCAAACUAUGCCAGAUGCAUUUGUCGCCAAGCUCCGCAGACAUACUGGAGCAGACCGACAGAAGAUCAUUCACAUACCAAUGAUUCGAUGUCAUGAUGACCAGGAUCGGGUGUAUGAAGAACUUUAGCAAGACAGAUUAUUUGCUGUUUGGUUUUUCUGAACCAAUGAAGCAAAGCUCGGAGCGGUCCAUAUGAUAUCUAGUGAAGUGUAUCUUUCUCCUGGGCUUGCAACAGAGCUUCAAAUGCAGAUGAAGAACAACAGUGUUUUGUUUAAUAUCAGAG